AUGGCUCCAGGUCUUAUUUUGCCAAUUUCAGAAGAAAUCAAGGACGCAGUUCAACCAAAGAAAGAUACUUUAGGUCUCCCUGAAGCCGCGCGUAAGAGGCUCGAGAAAGCGGGUAUCGAUCUGUCGAACGGCUAUCCAUAUCGUCCAGCGAAGCCGUUAUAUCUAGAUGAUGUUAUCAAGAUUCGCGACUACGACCGCGAGCAUGUAGACCCAGGGUCUCGUGCAGACCCCGAGAAAAAGGCGUUGCUUUCAGCAGCUAAAGAGGUUAUUCACCUCACUGCUCAUAUCGGCACCGAAAUUGUCGGCCUGCAGCUGAAGGAUCUUACAGAUCAGCAAAAGGAUGAGCUCGGUUUGCUCAUCGCAGAGAGGAGUGUUGUCUUUUUCAGAGAUCAAGACAUUUCUCCGCAACAACAAAAGGCGCUUGGCGAGUGGUACGGAGAGAUCGAGGUCCACCCACAAGUUCCUUCGGUACCGGGCGUCGUUGGAACGACCGUCAUUUGGCCUGCGUUACAGGCGACCGAGUUUCCAGCGAGUUUCAGACAGACCGGUGGCGCGUCGAGAUGGCAUACCGAUCUCGUUCACGAGCGUCAACCGGCCGGUGUGACCCAUCUCCAUAAUGACACGAUUCCAAAAGUUGGUGGAGACACACUUUGGGCUUCAGGAUACGCUGCGUAUGAGAAGCUUUCUCCUGACUUCCGUAAAAUAAUCGAUGGGAAACAAGCUGUGUACAGGUCCGCACAUCCAUACCUGGAUCGUACCAACCCGGAGGCGGGUCCCAAGUUCAUCGAGCGCAUUCAUCCGCUCGUGAGAGUGCAUCCUGCUACUGGCUGGAAAGCUCUGUGGGUGAAUCGAGCGAUGACAGUUAGAAUUGUUGGCUUGGACAAGGCGGAGAGCGACGUCAUCCUGAACUACCUGUACGAUGUGUACGAAAAGAAUGUUGACAUUCAGGUGCGCUUCAGGUGGACUCCAGGUUCUUCAGCGCUCUGGGAUAACAGGAUCACCAUCCACAAUGCGAGUUGGGACUAUGAAGGCAGCGAGCCGAGACACGGUACUCGUGUGACUGCGUUGGCAGAAAAACCUUUCUUCAAGGCGGAUGCUCCAACGAGAAGGCAGGCGCUUGGGCUUGCAGGUCCUGAUGAUGUUUAG